AUGAAUUUAAGCAACACACUUAGUAGACAAACCUACUCUGAAGGUGGUAUUUAUGAUUAUGAGGUUGGCGAUGAUGAUGAUGAUGAUGAAGAUGCUGGUGGCAUCGAUGAGGAUGAUGAUGAUCGUAAAAAUAAUCCACGCCACCCUAUUGAUACCCACCUGCAAGUACCGACUGGGAAUGGUAUGGACGGUGGUCGUCAUGGCGGUAACAGUACUAUUGGACGAAGUUUUGAGUUGUAUGGAACGACUGGAUCAUCUAUGAAAUCACAGAGGUCGUAUAACAAUCGACCGCGCAUGGGAGCGUCGGCUAUUGUCACAAAUCUCUAUGACUAUCACGGAACAAUGGUGUCUGAUACUGUUACUGCUGUUCACCUUCAGUCGACUCUACCACGAAACAGAGUGACAACCAGUUGGAAUUAUAAAGCGAAUGGGAAUAAUACCACCACAUCCUCACCGCCACCCCGCCGGUGGCAAAAAAAUUAUCCACAUCUAGUGAAGUCAACCGAAUCUCACUCUUCGCCUACCACUGAUCUAGCCAAUAUGAACCGGGUGCUGAUAAAGGCAUCGGACAAUAAUUGUAAUAAUAAUCAUACUUGGUCAGCAGCAACAGCAACUGAUGAUAUUGACGAAGCAGAGUUUGCUAGACAAAUUCACGCUAUUGUCCAUGAAAGUAACCGACAUUUAUAUCCUGAAUAG